AUGGGUCUCAACCCUGUUUUGAUAAUCUUCCUCUCUUCUUCUCUUCUUAUUGUCCUUCAAAACCUCGACGUCGCUAACGCCGUCACGUGUAGCGGAAGCUUCAUCAACGGUAACAGCAGCUACUUUCAGAAUCGUGACAAUCUCUUCUCCACUCUUGCUUCAAAAGUCGUCGCCAACGGCGGAUUCUACAACGCCUCGCUCGGCAAAAGUCCUAACUCAGUCCACGCUCUUGUCCUCUGCAAAAGAGGCUACGAGCAGCAAGAUUGUAUCAGCUGUGUCGAAAAGGUGACUCAGGAGAUACAAACUGGUUGUCCAAACCGAAUGGAUUCGUUCAAGUGGGACAAUGACGAUGGAGACCAUGUUAAUUGUCUUGUACGUUCCUCAAACCACUCAACUUUCAAGAACUUCCAGCUUGUACCUGCUGUUAUAUAUCCAAAUGCACUUACUAUCGAGCCAUCCAAGGACAUGACGCUUUUCAGACAACAGUGGGAAGCAACGGUUAAUCGGACCAUCGAGGAUGCCGCAGAAGCUGAAACUUCCUCCAUGCUCAAGUACUAUAGUGCUGUAGAAGCCGAGUUCACGGAGUUUCCAAAUGUAUACAUGCUGAUGCAAUGCACGCCCGACAUAACUUCCCGCGAGUGCAAGAUAUGUUUGGAAAAGUGUGCGACAUAUUUUAAGAAACAGUUUUGGGGAAGACAAGGAGGCGAGGUUAGUCGCCCGAGCUGUGUUUUCAGGUGGGAUCUGUAUGCUUUCCAUGGUGCUUUUGAUAAUGUAACAAGGGUUCCUGCACCUCCUGGACCACAGGCUCAGGCAAAUGGAACCUUUAUAACAGACAAGAAAGGAAGAAGCAUUAGGUAUAGCGGAACUAUUGCGAUAAUUGUGGUUCCUAGUCUCAUUAAUCUGUUGGUAUUUAUUGGUCUCAUAAAAUUCUAUGCCCGGAGGAAAAACUCAUACAACGGAUGCAAUGUUGGUACUGCAGAGUACUCUGAUUCUAAUGGCCAACCUAUGCUACGGUUUGAUCUUGGUUCAAUCUUAAUGGCAACCAAUGACUUUUCGUCUGAACGUAAGCUUGGUCAAGGUGGAUUUGGUACGGUCCAUAAGGGGACAUUACCAAAUGGCCAAGAGAUAGCUGUGAAGAGAUUAACAAAAGGUUCAGGGCAAGGAGACUUAGAGUUUAAGAAUGAGGUUUCACUCUUGACAAGACUCCAACAUAGGAAUCUAGUUAAGCUUCUUGGGUUCUGUAAUGAAGGAGAUGAAGAGAUUCUUAUCUACGAGUUUGUCCCCAACUCAAGUCUUGAUCAUUUUAUCUUCGACGAAGAGAAGCGUUCACUUCUUACAUGGGAGGUGAGAUUCAAAAUUAUAGAAGGCAUAGCUCGAGGUCUUCUUUAUCUUCAUGAAGAUUCUCAGCUAAAGAUUAUUCACCGAGACUUGAAAGCAAGCAACAUCCUUUUAGAUGCGGAGAUGAACCCUAAAGUUGCAGACUUCGGGACCGCAAGGUUGUUCGAAGCUGAUGAGACUCGAGCUGAAACAAGACGAAUAGCUGGAACCCGUGGAUAUAUGGCUCCUGAAUACCUGAAUCACGGGCAAAUCUCAGCUAAAUCUGAUGUAUAUAGCUUCGGGGUUGUGCUUCUAGAGAUGAUAAGCGGUGGAAAAAACAAUAGCUUCAAAGGGGAAGGACUUGCAGCUUAUGCAUGGAAGAGAUGGGUUGAAGGAAAGCCUGAGAUUAUAAUUGAUCCUUUCUUGGUAGAGAAUCCGAGUAACGAGAUCAUUAAGUUGAUUCAGAUUGGUUUGUUGUGUGUUCAAGAGAAUGCAGGGAACAGACCAACCAUGAGCUCGGUAAUAGUCUGGCUAGGCAGUGAGACUAUCACCAUUCCUUUACCUAACGCUCCUGCUUUCACUGGAAGCAUGUCCCAAUCUGAGAAAGGUACAACGUCAAUAAGCAACGUCUUCACGGAGUUGAGUUGUCGAUGA